AUGGUUGGACUGGCAGCAACUCUGCUGACUUACACACUGAGUUUUGCUGAGGCCUUCGCAUCAUUCAGUGCUGAAGUUCCAUGGCUGAUUGCAAUUGCGAUGUUUUUGGCACAGGCGAUACGAAAGACAGGCCUGGGCAAGCGAUUAUCCUAUUUAUUCAUUUCCUUCUUUGGAUCCAGCACUCUGGGCAUGACUUACAGCUUGGUUUUCAGUGAGUUCCUUCUGUCGCCAAUGAUUCCAAGUGUGGCCGCCCGUUCUGGCGGCAUUGUCCUUCCCCUGGUGAGGUCCAUGUCUGAGGCCUGUGGCUCUCAGCCAAAUGAUGGCACUGCCAGGAAGCUGGGUGCUUACCUCAUGGCCACCUGCUUUCACACUUCUGCAGUCAGCAGCGCUAUGUUCCUCACCGCCAACCACCCCAACCCACUGAGUGCCCAGCUUGCCGCUGCCACCAUCGACAAGGCACGCAGUGACCUCAAGGCCCUGGGCAAGCCGCAAUAUGGAGAAGGCAUGACACUGUUUGCGAUGGCUGUCACGAUCGCCCUGUGGAUUGGUGCAGAGCACUUCCACUAUGGAGUAGUGACUGCCGCUCUGGCAGGACUCAGCAUCCUGCUGGUGUCAAAAGUUAUCACUUGGGAGGAGUGUCUGGGCUACCAAUCAGCCUGGAACACCAUGACCUGGUUUGCCGUGCUGAUCGCCAUGGCUACUCAGCUGAAAAAGCUCGGCGUCAUUGGGGUCUUCUCCAGUGAGGUGGCCACUGCUGUCUCCACGCUUGGCUGGGGCUGGCAGCCCUCCUUUGUCAUCCUGGUGCUGGUGUACUUCUACUCCCACUACUUCUUUGCAAGCAACAUCGCCCACGUCAGCGCAAUGUACUCCGCAUUCCUUGCCGUGGCCAUUGCCACGGGCGCACCCCCCAUGUUUGCCGCCCUUGUGUUCGCCUUCUUUUCAAACAUUCAGGGCACGCUCACCCAAUACGGGAUGUCCCAUGCCCCCAUGUACUUUGGCCAAGAUUACGUGCCUCUGGAACGCUGGCUGCUGCUGGGCUUCCUGGUGAGCGUCGUCAACAUAACGGUGUGGCUCACCGUCGGCGGCUUUUGGUGGAAAUUCCUGGGCCUGUGGUGA